CGAGCGCAGCAUGACAGCAGGAGCGGAGAAAGUUUCUGACUCACACCGCUGUGACAAUCUCCACACUACCGAGGAGCAGAGCUACGGAAGGAGAAGACAGAGGAGGAUUUAAUGUCUCUGACACACCAUUUACAGAGAAGUCAGCUGUGUGGAGAACCAUACUGUAGGUCAGAGCAACACAGUGACCUCUGAGCAGCUGCUUCUCCUGGUCUGGGGCUACCCAGAAUUAUAAGGAUUCCAUGGAGAUUUUCACGGCAAAGUUGUGCUUCCAAAAGCUCCACCCUGACAGCUCAGCAUCUUUGAAAGGCUUUCAAGGAUAGAAUAUGGAUGUCAUGCUCCUGCCCUCCACCAGUCAACAACCCACCCCAUGCUGACAAGCUGCACUUGAUGCUGUGUCUAGUUUUCACACGACCAGCACUUGGAGUCAGGGGCCCCAGCAUGGUUAAUUUGACGCCCAGUGCCACCCCUUGGGCAGAUAAUGUGGCCCCCGGGGGGUACAAUUACCUGGCGCUGGUGUGUGGCGUCCCGCUCAUCCUCAUCAUUAUCCUGGGGAACGUCCUGGUUUGUCUGAGUGUUCUCACCGAGAGGUCCCUGAAAACGGCUACCAAUUACUUCAUCGUCAGCCUGGCUGUGGCGGACCUCUUGCUGGCAGUGCUGGUCCUGCCGCUGUACGUCUACUCCGAGUUUCUCGGGGGAAUGUGGACGCUGAGCAUGUACAUCUGUGAUGCGCUGAUGACCAUGGACGUGAUGCUGUGCACAGCCUCCAUCCUCAACCUCUGUGCCAUCAGCGUGGACAGGUACAUUGCUGUUGUGGUACCUCUUCAGUACAACAGAAACCAGUUUAGCAUGCGGCAGCUGGCUCUGAUCGGGGCCACAUGGUUCCUGUCACUGACUGUGGCCAGCCCGGUCAUAUUUGGACUGAACCAGGUGCCAGACCGGAACCCACACGUGUGUAAGCUGGAGGACGACCGCUUUGUGGUCUACUCGUCCAUUUGCUCCUUCUUCGUGCCCUGCCCAGUCAUGCUCUUCCUGUACUACUGGAUGUUCCGGGGGCUGCGGCGCUGGAGCUCGGGCCGCAGCCGAUCCCACUUCAGACGGCCGGCGAGGGGCCCCCAGAGCCUGUCCAUGCGGCUGGGCACGGCGCUGCGGAAGAACAAAGGUCAGGCACGGGAGAAGGUGGUGUACCUGGUGCCGGGAGGCCACAGCCCCAACUCAUUGACUGCAACACCCACUACACCCGUCAUCUCUGCCACCGCUGAAACUCCUGCCUCCCCCGACACCACGACACCAGCCAGCCCUCUGAGUCCUAUCAGCCCGCUGACCUUGACGACGGAUGAGAAUCAGCUGGCUUUGGGGGCAGAGAGUGAUCCUAUGACCACUCAAAUAGACAGUGUGUCAGAUCCUGAACCCAUGGAGAGGCCUCUUAAUGCAAGUGGACCUAGGGUGAAUGGGCUUGCAAAGAACCAUGGCUCUCACCGGUCACGCCGGCACAGUAAGAGUAGCCGUGUGAGUGGACGUGAGAGAAAGGCCAUGAAGGUGCUGCCUGUUGUUGUAGGUGUGUUCCUGGCCUGCUGGACCCCUUUCUUUGUGGUUCAUGUCACCAACGUCCUCUGCCUGUCCUGCAAAAUUGAGCCGUCGCUAAUCAGUGUGGUGACAUGGCUGGGUUAUGUCAACAGUGCCGUAAAUCCCAUCAUAUACACCGCCUUCAAUGCAGAGUUCAGGAAUGUCUUUCACAAACUCCUCUGCUGUCGGACAUGAAGCCUGUAUUUCUCCACCAGGGAUAAAAAAUAUAAUAAAAUAAUAAAAACCCUCAUAUACAUUGAGUCACUGUGGAAAACUUAAAUUAUGCCUUAGUCAAUAUGACUGAACACAAAAAAUGAUGCUGCUUGCCUUGUAAUAUAUUUUCAAUCCAUUUUCAGUGAUUGUUUGAGGUACACUCAAGAGUACUGUUGACAUCAUGGCCCAGAGGCAUAAAAUAUGUGAACAUGUCAUGUGCAAAUUAAAAAAAAUAAAACUUUACUGUACUUGAUGUGUAUGUAAUGUACAGAUAUAUUGUAUCUUCAUUUGAAUGAUGAUUGUUUGAACUGUGAGUUACCAAACACUCUUUUGUCUCAUUGUGAACACAUUCUUUGAUUUUCUGAUUAAAUAUGUCAUUGUUGAUGGGAUUACUAACUGAACUAUUGACAUUGACUGCACCUACACACGGAUCUGGUAAUGAUCGCAGACAGAGGCAUGAUCCGGUGAUGCUGCCCAUUUAAAAUACCCAUUUAAAAACAUAGCAUACCAUAGUGUAAAUGGUCUGAUGAUUAUGGUUUCCAAUAUAUUGAUGGUCCAUGGAGUGCUGUAAAUGUGUAUUUGAACCCAAAUGACUCUUGAACAGAACACGUGUCUCUGUAUUGUACUGAAUAUUAAAAUGUGAUAGUUGAGAAUAUUGAAUGACGUGUUAUAUCAAUUUCAAUUUAUUUGUAAGGGACAGUGUGCAAUUAAAACAUAAAUGUAAACAUUUGAUGCAUCGCACCAGAGUUAGCCUUGGGCUAAUUUACAUCUGUAGUCCCACAGGAAGCACAAAUACAAUAUUCAGGGGUAAUUAACAUCCGGCAGAUAUCAUAUAUUGUAUUUAUCACAUGCAAAGUCUAUUUCAGUGCUUCAAAAACUGUUGUAUUCAUUUCAACUGUAUUCCAUG